AUCUGUGCUUGGGGGUGCAACAUAGACCGAUGCUCUUCCCCCCCUCUCUCUCCUCCCGAAUGGAAACAUGGCCGUUGUGUCCAUAGCAAAAAGGAUAGCAAAGCAUUGGAUAUAAUGCUGCUAGCUAAAUACGAAAGUUAUCGCUGCUGUAUGCCAGCAGGGUUUACGUUGUGGAGUUAUUCUCCAGUAUAUUAGUGAAUUAACUCACCGUCUGCAGCUCUGCGUUCGCAAAGUUCUGCGAAUGGAAUCCUUGCGAGUUAGCUAAAGCUAGAUAGGUUGUUUGACGACGUAAAAGUUGCUUGCUAGCAGCUAAUUACAAGGCUAGCUAGUAACUUGCUCGCGAGGAGGACAACCAGGGCUCGCCGGCACAACACAGCAGCUGUGUUGACACGAAACGAAAGGAGAUACCCAGCAAGCUAUCCCGAACUGAUCCAUAUGGGGAAAUCUAUCUCGAAAAAUUGACUGUAUUGUUGAAAACUUCACAUUUUCAGCAGUUUAUUUUUUUUAGCUGUUAUUGUUCUAGCCAAGGUACAAGUUAGUUAACGUUUGACAUUCUUUUCUCACUGUAAUCUUGGAAGUAUCGUUAUUGGACUCAAGCUAUUAAUAAUGUUUUCUGUGAAGCCCUUGAAACCAACCUUUAAAUCCUACCUUCUGCCUGUACAGACCGAUCUGAAAAAAACUCCACAGCCACCUAUCAAGAAGUUAGAGGCCAAGUUACUUCCAGGGGAGAUUGUGGUAAAUGAAGUGAGCUUUGUGAGGAAGUGCAUCGGAGCAGAUAGCAGUCAUGGUGACCUGUGGGGGAAGCUGAUAUGCACCAACUUCAAGGUUUCCUUCAUCACCCAUGAUGCCCUCCCCAAACAGAGGUUCCAGGUUGCCAACCGUCUGCUUGGAGAGCACGAUGUUCCCCUUGCGUGUGUGGAGCAAGUGGUGACAGUGAACGAUGCUAAGGGGAAGCAGAAGGUUCUGUGUUCCAACCAGAAGCUGAAGUUUAAUCCCACCGAGCUCAUCCUUUACUGCAAGGACUUCCGAAUCAUCAGGUUCCGCUUCGACGAGGCUGGGCCCCAAAGCGCCAAGAAGGUUUGCCUGGCCAUCGCUCACUACUCCCAGCCCGCUGAUCCCCAGCUGCUGUUUGGCUUUGAGUACGUAGGGAAGCAAUACUAUGGAUCCUUGGGGGAGCGAGUUAAUGGCGUAGAUCCCGGAGGAGGACUGCAGAUGCCCCUGUUUGACCGGCCCUCUGAAUGGGACAGAGAGAUCAAGAGAACAGGUGCAGCAGAGUGGAGGGUGUGCUCCAUCAACGAGGGCUACGUCGUCUCACCCAGUCUCCCAGAGUACUUUGUGGUCCCAGUGUCCCUGGCGGAUCAAGACCUGAAGCAGUACCUAUGUUUUUUCACUGCUCACCGCAUCCCUUUGUGGUGCUGGAAUCACCCCAACGGGAGUGCCCUGGUGCGCAUGGCCAGCAUCAGUGACCCACUGCAGCAGAGGAAGCUGGACCAGAGGAUCUGUAGUGCCAUAACAAAGAGCCACCCACAGCGCAGUGACGUCCUCAAGUCCGACCUGGACAAGAACCUGCCCAACAUCCAGGACAUCCAGGCUGCCUUUGUCAAAGUGAGGCAGAUCUGUGUCAUCGAGCCCUUUGAGGAGUCUGAGGAGAAGUGGCUGUCGUCCAUGGAAAGCUCUCGAUGGCUGGAGUAUGUCAGGGCCUUCCUGAAGCAUUCAGCCGAGGUAGUCUACUUGCUGGAGGGAAAACAUGUGUCUGUCAUUCUGCAAGAGGAAGAAGACAGGGACCUGAGCUGUGUGGUGUCCUCUCUGGUACAACUGAUGCUGGACCCUCACUUCCGUAGCCUCACUGGCUUCCAGAGCCUGGUGCAGAAGGAGUGGGUGAUGGCUGGCCAUCGCUUCCUCCACCGGUGCAACCAUUUGAAGAAGAAUGACAAAGAGGAGUCUCCUCUGUUCCAGCUGUUCCUGGACUGUGUGUGGCAGAUUAUAAAUCAGUACCCAGCAGCCUUUGAGUUCACUGAGACGUACCUGACUGUGCUCAGUGACAGCAUGUGGAUCCCUGUCUUCAGCACCUUUCUCUUCAACUGUCCCCAGCAGCGCACUGAGAACAGCAUGGAUUUUGCUAAGAGUAAGUGCAUCCCUAUGGGGGAGGAGAAGGCCCUGCGUUUCCCCCCUGUCUGGGACUGGUCACAGCAGUUCACCCCCAAAGACCAGGCCCUCUUCAACAACCCCAUGUAUGUUGGGAAAGGUGCCACCUGUGUUCAGAAUGGAACAGUGAAGUCCUUUAGACGCACCAAGAAAAACUACAGUUCUACACUCCGAGGGAUGCCCUCUUCCCUGAGGAACAUCCUGAUGGACGGCCAUGACAGCCUCACCCUGACCAGACGGAACUCCCUGGUGCCGCGGCUCAAACCAGACUUCUCCCAGAUCAGAGAGGUGGUGGAGAGCCCAACAGAGCGCUUCUUCAGGGACUGGGUCUCCCGGCCCGCAGACCUACAGGGGAUGCUCAUCCCCCAGCUCCUGCCUUCACACCUGGCCCUGUGGAGGCUCUACUUCCUGCGCUGGGUCCCUGAAGCCAGCAUCCCCAAGGGCGGCCCUGUAACCGCAUACCACAAGCUCUCCCAACUGGCUGAUGAGGUAGAGAAGCUGCAGAGCCAGCUACGCCAGUACAAGGGGGCCACUCCGGCCAGCACCCCGAACUCCAACCCCAGCGCCCCCCCAUCAGACCACAGCAGGAUGUACUUUAAGGCUGGUUCCACCCACGAGCCCUCUUCAACUCCAGAGUACCUCAGCUCCUCCUUCCCCUUCUCUCCCGUGGGGAACAUGUGCCGCCGCAGCAUCCUGGGCACUCCUCUCAGCAAGUUCCUGAAUGGGGCAAAGAUAUGGCUCUCCACUGAAACUCUGGCCAAUGAGGCACUCUGAGGUCCCGUGGCUAAAGUUCUCACUCAAAUCAGUGCUUAGAAUCCAGAAGGGAUGUACUAUCAUGCUAGAGG